AUGGGAGGGCAGACAACAUACGAUCUAGACUCGGCAUCCAGCUGGAAAGUGGCACUGGCUUGCAGUUGGAAUAUGUUCUGGACGUCCAUUGUGCAACGCUCUGGCGGUGUGGUGUUCUACGCUAUUCUUAAGACGUACUGUACCACAAGAGAGCAAGCUACUUGGGCCACUACUCUUUUCUUCAGCGUCGCCUGCUUCUUAGGACCACUUGUAGGUUUCUUGACGAUGUUCUUGGAGACGCGGACAAUUUCGCUAGUUGGGACGACUAUUGUUGGAAUGAGCACUGUGGCAUGUGUGUUUGCGGACGACGCGGCGACAUUGACCGUCCUACUGGGUGUCCUUAAUGGUGUGGGCAGCGGAUUCGUGUUCACAGCCAACGACGUUACCAUCUGCAAGAAUUUCCAGACGUACAGGGCAACCGGUAGUGGCAUCAACUAUACGGGUGGCGUUCUUGCCGCCUUUCUUUAUCCGAGCGCUAUUUUAUAUCUUAUCGACUAUUACGGACUUCGAGGAGCCCUCUUGAUCUCCGGUGGUUUGUGCUUCAACGGUCUAUCCGGGUCGCUGAUUUAUCGAACUCCCCAAACUUCGGGAACGAGGAGCUACAGUAGUCGUAGGAAAGUGGUGCCGAUACAGCAAGAACCUUUCAAGAGCUUGACAGAUCAAAACGCGUCCGCGACGGUGGCUGCUAUAUCCCACCACAUGACGCUCACAAAGAACUUCGAAGGAGAUGACCACAACACGAAAGGUCGCAACGGACAAGACGGUGCCACAAAGACAGUUCUUCUGACCCAUUUUAACUUCCUUUACAAUCCGGUCUUCUACUUAAUCGUUAUAAGCGGAAUUGCGGCAACCUACGUCCAGGUCAUCUAUGUCAUUCUAGUGGACUUUUGCACCGACGAAAAAGGCUUCGAUAAGCGCAGGGGAACGUGGCUGCUUUCAAUUUCUGCGAUAACGGACGCUGGUGCAAGACUGCUGUCCGGGAUCCUCUCAGACCGGCGUGUCCUGGACAGGAAAAUGAUGGCCAUGUUGAACUUCUCAAGCAUUGGGUCUGUUCUUUUCAUCCUGCCCAGGAUAACGUCGUAUAACGCUACGGCGCUGCUAUGUGCGAUUUUCGGCUGGAGCAACGGCAGUGUCGUCAUCUUACUUGGUCCUCUUAUGGCGGACUAUCUCGGCACGAAGACCCUAGGCAUUUCUCUUGGGAUCUGCAGAUGCGCCAUGGGCAUUGCGUUCUUCGGUGUACCAGCGCUGUCGAGGCACUUCAAGGAUGUCGCUGGGUCGUACACUGGACUCAUUGACGUGGUCGGAGGAUCUGCUACAGUUGUUGGAAUACUGUGGAUUGCAGAAAUUGUUCGGAGUAAAAUGCAGCCAGCAGUAUAA